GGGAAGACGCACGGGAGAACCGAAAGCAUCAGCAGCCGAGACGAAGAACGCUCGUAACGAUGCUAGAGUGUUAUGGAGAUACCUGAAGGAAGAGAAGGAAGAUGAAUGAGCUGUAGACGACCUGGAGUGGAGGAAAAUUAGUAGGAGGAAAAAUAAAGGAAGGAUUUCAUCAGUAGCAAGAAAGAAAGGAAGUUUCAGUAGCCAGGAGGGAGAGCGGUAGGAUAUCAGUAGCAUUGUGGAAGGUAGUAUGUCAGCAAGGAGGAUGGUAGAACGUCAACAAGGAGGAUGGUAGAACGUCAGCAGAAAGGCAAGAAGGUUGCACAUCCUCACCCUCACGAAUGUCACUGAGCUAGACUGAUGAAUGGCGGACAUUCCAGCUGUCUGGUAUCUUAGCUACCACCUUCAGAUAUUAUACCACCAUAGCCAGCCUCUCAUACCACCACGAAGCCUCAAGUACCACCAGUGUAAAUAUUACUGGAAAACUGGUGAAGUCAUACAAUGCCUUCGAUGCCUCACAGACAAUUCUCAAACAGGAACGAGACGUUAGAAGCCAGAACAGGUCUCCAAUACAGCAUCUUAAGCUUCGCCUACUACUACUGUACCAGUUAUAUUUGUAGUCCAAACUUGGUAAAAUAUUCAAGGACUUCAUCUGCCGGAAAUACCUGGUGCACUUAUGAAGAUUCGGCAAUAACUAACAACUUUGCUGUUAUGUUGGUGCGGUGUAGGUGUGCCCGCCUUAACCAAGCGUGUCUCAGAAUGUCUGUCUAUGCUUGAGAGCUCUGUCGGGAAUAUCUUUCCCUGGCGAACAUAACAGAAGUAGGAAAAAAAACUUGUGUACAGUUCAGGACAUUUAUCAGAGGAAACGUUUCGCCACGAGUGGCUUCUUUUUCUACAUCUUGUCGGUAUCAUUAUACCAUUAUCCGUAACAGUUACUCUCCACAACAAAGUUUACUACCUCCGAAACCAAGAGUAUUGUCUAACAUACUAUCACAGUCACCACCAUCACAAUCACUUCUACACCAAGAAUAUCGUCCUCACCCACCAUCACCAGCAUAACACCUCCACACUGAGUAUCGUCCUUCCAUCACAAGCAUAACGCCUCCACACUGAGAGUAUUGUCCACUCCACCACCAUCACCAGCAGGACACUACACUGAGAGUAUCGUCCGACUCAGCCAUCACCAGCAGGACAACACACCAAGUGUAUCUUACUCUUGCAAAAUGAUUAAGACAAAGAUAGUGAGUCUGGCCAUGCUGGUGUGCCUGGGACUGGUGCUGAUGGCAGGGUAUUCCUUCAUAACAACCGUCAUCUCCUCAGCCUAUCCCUUCAAAG